ACUUCCCGGACCCGAGAUGGGGGCGAUGGCGCCGCGCACGCUGCUCCUGCUGCUGAUGGCCGCCCUGGCGCCGACCCAGACCCGCGCGGGCUCACACUCGCUGCGGUAUUUCGACACUGCCGUGUCCCGGCCCGGCCUCGGGGAGCCCUGGUACAUUAUCGUCGGCUACGUGGACGACACACAGUUCCUGCGCUUCGACAGCGACGCGGAGAAUCCGAGGAUGGAGCCGUGCGCGCCGUGGAUGGAGCAGGAGAGGCCGGAGAAUUGGGAGCGGAACACACGGAACGCCAAGGGACAUGAGCAGUGGUUCCAAGUGAGCCUGAGGAACAUUCUUGGCUACUACAACCAGAGCGAGGGCGUCUCUCACACAUUCCAGAGGAGGUCUGGCUGUGACAUGGGGUCAGACGGGAGCUUCCUCCGCGGGUACUGGCAGUUUGCCUACGAUGGCCACGAUUACAUCGCCCUGAACGAAGAUCUGAAAACGUGGACGGCGGCGGACACGGCGGCGCAGAUCACAAAACGCAAGUGGGAGCAGACUGGUGAUGCAGAGAGAAUCAGGGCCUAUCUGGAAGUCGAGUGCCUGGAGUGGCUCCGCAGAUACCUGGAGCGCGGGAAGGAGACGCUGCUGCGCACAGAUCCCCCAAAGGCACAUGUGAACCAUCAUCCAAGACAAGAAGGUGAUGUCACCCUGAGGUGCUGGGCCCUGGGCUUCUACCCUGCUGACAUCACCCUGACCUGGCAGUUGAAUGGGGAGGAGCUGACCCAGGACAUGGAGCUUGUGCAGACCAGGCCUUCAGGGGAUGGAACCUUCCAGAAGUGGGCAUCUGUGGUGGUGCCUCUUGGGAAGGAGCAGGAUUACACUUGCCAUGUGUACCAUGAGGGGCUGUCUCAGCCCCUCACCCUGAGAUGGGAGCCUCCUUCAUCCACCAAUUCAAACAUGGUGAUCAUUGCUGUUCUGGUUGUCCUUGCUGUGGCCAUCAUUGGAGCUGUGGUGGCUUUUGUGAUGAAGAGGAAGAGAAACACAGGUGGAAGAGGAGGAGACUAUUCUCCAGGUGCAGCAUGAAGACAGCAGCCUGGAGUGGACUGAGUGACAGACAGUGUGUUCAGGUCUCUCCUGUGACAUCCAGAGCCCUCAGUUUUCUUUAGACAACAGUGUCUGAUGUUCCCUGUGAUCCUCUGGGUUCAAUGUGAAGAACUGUGGAGCCCAGCCUGUCCCUGCACUACCUGUGUUCCCUUCCACAGCCAACCUUCCUGAUCCAGCCAAACACUGGGGGACAUCUGCAUCCUGUCAGCUCCAUGCUGCCCUGAGCUGGAGCUCCUCACUUCCACACUGAGAAUAAGAAUCUGAAUGUGAACUCGAUUGUUAACAUCUUGACCUGAGCGUAGAUUGCUUGUUAAUUUCAUGGAUUGAGAACACUUAGAGUAUUUUUGAAGAAAUUAAUGGCAGAUGGAGAACCUUCCAGACAAGAAUCUGUGCCACUAAGCUGUGUGUAUCUGUUGGGAUAGGAUGAGGCUUUGGGAGCUGAAUGUGAACAGGGCUGUGCUCAGGUGGAGUCAGUUAUUUUUGAUGGGUCGCUUUUGGGCCAUGUCACCUCAGGGCUCUGCUCUCUCCAUCACUAUGAAGCUCAUGCUGAGAGUCUGUGAUCACAAGGACACAGGAAUGAGAGAUGAAUAGACAGAUCACAGCCUAUACCUCAGACCCUGAGCCUGGUUCUGUUCCCAGGAUUCUGUGUCUCCAGGGCUAAAGAUCAGACACCACAGUGAGGAUCCUUCGAUGUUCCAGGUGCACAAGAUAAGUCACUACAUUUCCUCCUACCUAUUUGUUUUAGCUACUAAUAAUGCAGUCUUGAAGCUGCCCUGGGCACUCCCUGUAGCCAUGCUACUGUUGUGGUUUCUUUUUUUCUUUCCAGCGCCUUUUCCAGGGUUCUCAGGUGUCUGGUGUGAUCUGUCUGUUCAUCUCUCAGGAGCACAUCUACAGCUGAGAUUAUUGGUUCAGAUUUUUCAAAAUCUAUUUUUAAUAAAUGUUCUUCAAUGCUUUA